AUGUCCGGAGCCGUGUAUGUCCUCUACGAGCAUGUCGUGGACAGAGGGGCGUUGCUCCGGCUUGCCUCCGCCUUGAUGUUCGCCAUCGGCGCCGUCAAGUACUGGGAGAGGACGUGGGCGCUCAUGGGCGGCAACCUCGACGACAUCCGAGGCUCCAUCAAGAAGCAACCAGCUGCCAUGCAUGGACAUUUCCACCCUCACGAUAAAGUGUUCAAGGAUGGAGACUUCGAUGAGGAGUCCCUUGUGCGACGAGCUCACUCGCUGUUCCACAUUUGCAAGCGCGCCAUGGUCGACUAUCCAGUGAUGGAAGAUGAUUCACACGGCCAAGACACCACCAAAUUGAUAGGCGAGGUCAGGCUAUGGCGGUUGAUGGAAACCGAGCUCUCCCUCAUGUAUGACAUGUUGUACACCAAGGCACCGGUCAUCUCCACCUGCUUCGGCUACUUGGUACGUCUCAUCUCGCCGAUCGCCAUUGUCGCGUCACUGCUGCUUUUCAAGUUCAUUGACAAGAACGCCCACCGCAGAGUUGACGUCAAUAUCACCUACGUAUUGUAUGGUGGUGCCUUGUUCAUGGAGAUGACAUCGCUGCUGAACGCCCUAGGCUCCUCUUGGGCAUUUGCCUUCCUGAGUACCACGAGCUGGCACUGGCUUCGAUACGCAGCUCUGUGCAAUGAAAGAUGGGACCGCCUCAGGCGUGUGGUUGCAUGUCUUCACCAUCUUGUCAGGGUAGGAGGAGGCAGCCGGUACAGAUCAAGGAGGUGGUCAUAUACCAUGGGACAGUACAACAUGCUGCACUAUUGCACUCGCUCUAACAGUGCGCUCACCAGGCCUCUGCUUGGCAGUUUGGCCAAGAAGGUGGGACUGGGACUAAAUGAGCUUUGGAACAGGAAGCAUUUCUCAUGGGUUAUUGACAUGCCUGACCAUGUCAAGGAUAGUAUCUCUGAACAUAUGAAGAAGAUGUACAAUGCUGGAGGUGUGAACUCACUGGGCAUGCUCAAGAACAGGUGGGGCGAGGAACCACUGGCUCGUGAGGAGUUACUAGAAGAAGGCAGCAUAUUCAAAGAUUCCCUCGGUGUCGAGUUCCAGGAGUGCAUCAUCAUCUGGCACAUCGGCACCGAUGUUUUCCUCGCCAAGAGCGAGCAAGCCAAAGAAGACGAUGUGAAGGCGAUCAAGAUAAUAUCCAACUACAUGAUGUACCUUCUCGUGGACCAACCAGACAUGCUACCAGGCCUCUCCCAAAACAGGUUGUACCAACUAACUUGUGAAAGUUUAGUCAAGACUUGGCGAUCGACCCAUAGGCGUCGGAACAUGAACUCGGGUGCCACGCUCAAGAAUCUGUUCCGCCUGCACGAUGACGCCGAUUCUAAUUCCAGGGCCACCGACAGAGAUGAGCUUGCUGAGAAACUGUAUGAUGAGUAUGAGAGCAAAAGCUUCAUGUACGAUUCUCCUCGUCUCUCCUACGUAGCUCAACUUGCUAAGGAGCUGUUGGCAAUGGAGAAAGGUGGCACGGUUGACCCGGUGAAACUCGUCCGUGAGGUGUGGACGGAUAUUCUUGUCUACGCAGGCAACAAAUGCAGCCGGAAGUUCCACGCCGAGAAGCUCAACAGUGGCGGUGAGUUGACAACAAUCCUGUGGCUUAUGGCAGAACACUUCUACCAAAUUUAUCUGGGGAGCCUGGUCAAAAGAAAGAAAAAGGGAAAUGAUUUAGCAGGAGAAGGCAUCAGCCACCCGGGGAGAUGA